AUGAUUUUGACAGAUUUAGGCACACAGUUUAAUUCAGAGGUAUUUCAUUGCAUCAAUAAAAAUUUGGGUAUAUUUUUGACCCAUAAUUCUUCUAAACACCCACAAGCUAAUGGCGCCACCGAAUCUUUGAAUCGUGCCAUUAAAUCAUCUAUUUUGACUUUGCACGAAGCAGGUGUAUCGUUUAAGAAUUCAUUACUUAUUCAUCAAAAUUUGUACAAUAAUGCUGUUCAUCCCAGCACUAGUUUUGAACCUGUAUAUUUACAUUUUGGUAGAUGCCCUCCCACUAUGUUCGAUACUUUUGAUCCAAAUAUAGAGCCUCAACAACUUGACAAGGCUUCCUUUAGUCAAAAUUUUAUAUCAGAUUUAAGGAUAACUUAUGAUAUAGCAUUUAAUAAACUGAAAGAGCAGCAGAUCUUACAAAAUCAAAAACAAAUACAAAAGGCUAAACUUCGAAACUUUAAUGCAAACGAUAUUGUGUACAUGAGAUCAAAUGAUACUUUUAAACCAAAAUUUUUGGGCCCUUAUGUUAUAGUAAAGAAGCAAAGUGAUGUAAAUUUUAAAAUUACACCUUUAGACACACCUUCUCAUAAAGGUUUUGUAAUACAUAGUGAUAGAUUAAGACUUGCACCCCGCCGACUUUCUCAUUUAGAUCUUAAUUAUUCUCCGAGCCCACCAAUUAAUAAUCCAUUUCAUGGAUAUAACCUUCGAGCACGAUAA